GGUGCGCCUGGCAUUGAAAGCAUUCGGUUUCAUUGCUCUGGAUGUGGUGGGAAUCCCAGGUAACCUGGCAGUUCUGCUACUCUUCUGCCAUUUAUUCCAAGCACAGGGCCACAUGCCGCACAACGAGUUCAUCCUCAGCCAGCUGGUCUUUGCCAACCUGAUGGUGACACUGUGCCGGGGAAUUCCUCAGGCUCUGACUGCCCUGGGCAUCAAUCCACUGUUCAGCAAUGGUGUCUGCAAAACAAUGAUCUUCACCUACCGCAUUGGCCGUGCCAUGUCUAUUACCAUCACCUCCCUGCUGAGCUCCUACCAGUGCGUGGUCAUUGCCCCACCAAAACCUGGCUGGACCUGGCUGAAACGCUGGGUCCCUGGCCACCUCCCCCACGCCAUCAUCUUCCUCUAUGGGCUUAACGUCAUGAUCUGCUAUCCCGCUUGCAUCAUCUUUACCCAGGCUUUUCCCACCAAUAGCACCAUUCCAGAGUUCACCCUUAACCUUGAGUUCUGCAUUGUGGUGUUCCCAGGCCGCAUGGCUUACGUGGUCAGUGGUGUUGUGUACAUCAUCCGAGACUUCGCUUUUGUUGGCCUGAUGGCGGCGGCAGCAGUGUACGUGAUGCUGGUCCUGCAUCGGCACCGUCAGCAGGUUCAGGGCCUGCAGGGGGCCGGCCGGAAGACAGAGGAGGCUUCCCAGGCCGUCCUGCUGCUCGUGAGCACGUAUGUGGCACUGUUCAGCUUGGACAACGUGCUGUGGAUCUACACGCUAUUUGUCUCCCGUGUGCACCCAGCUGUCUCUGACACACGCGUCUUCUUUGCCUCCUGCUACUCUGCCAUUAGUCCUGUGAUCAUCAUCGCCACCAACAGGAAGCUGGCCACUUACUUUCAGUGUGGCUCCAAACGCAAAGCAGCAGAAAACACCCCAAAUGUCUCUCGGGCGACAAUAACACAAUGA